GAUGCGAUGGCCCCACAUCGCGUGCCCUUUUAGAAACACUGCCCUUGACUGCGGGGAGAUCCGGAGCACCCCAGGGCCGCGCGGGGGUUCCUGCGGCACCUACCGGCCUUCCGGGCUCGCCGGGCCCAGCCCCACCCGCGCGCGGCCGAGCGGCGUCUUCCCGGCCGAGCCGGGCCCGACGGGCAGGGGGCGGAGCGGAGAGGAAGAGUGACCCGCGGCGCGGCGGCCAUGCGCGGUGUGGAAGCGAGUCUGCGGGCUGUGGCCGUGCGCGGAGCCUGGCUAUGCCAGCGGCGGGACAUCUCCUCCUGGCUGGCCCGAUGGUUCCCCAAAACCCCAGCAAAACCCGUGGUGGCCCUGAAAAAGCCCAUCAAGGUGGAGCUGGUGGCUGGAAAAACCUAUAGGUGGUGUGUGUGUGGCCGCAGCAAGAAGCAGGUGAGAUUCCUGUGCUACCCUUCCCAUGACAUCUGUGGUUGGGGACAGUAUGGUGUCUCCUAGGGAUUCACCCCCUGUUCCUCUUCCCACACUUACCUGAGGGACAAGAGAAGAGUUUGGUUGGGAGGGUAAGACUGGGAGGAUUGUGGUUUGAGGCAAGCCUAGAAAAAUAGUUCGUGAGACCCCCAUCUCCAAAAUAGCCACGGCAAAAUGUGUUAUAGUUUGGGGGUCAAAAGAAUAGCUUGCAGGCCACUGCCACCAGCCACAGAAAGUGGCCUUGAGCUGACUGUAUGUAUCAGCCCCUUGAAAUGAAGCGGGAGACAACAGUUAGCACACAGCCAGAGCCCUCUCAUGCUCUCUCCUCCCAGUGCCUUCCUGGGUGCUGCUCAGGAGAGACUCCCAUC